UUAGUUACAGUCUAUCUAUCAAAAAAUUUAUAAAGGGGUAUUCUAAAAAAGUUGUUCAAUUGAUAAAAUAACCUAAAGUUUGGUGAUCCUUAAUUCAAAGUUCUCAUUCUCAAAAAAUGCAAACUUAAAAUCACAAUUAGAGAUGAGUGGAAAAUGAUCACCAAAACCACAAAUCAGGUCAAACAUCAGGUCAACAAAACCUCAAAAACCAACAGCUCCACUUCCCAAACUUGUAUAAAUUCAUGCUGCCUUCAUAAUAAGUCUUCAGACAAAACAAACUUUAUAAAUUCUUCAAAGAACAAACUUACAAACUACCCCAAGAUGGCAAGGCAACUGCAAAUGAUGCAUCCUUCACAAGCCACAGCCCAGGUUGGCAUGGCUGGUGUGAGCCUUCUCCUGUGUGCUUUUGCAUUGUUCAUGUGUGCUUCCCAUGCCCGAAAAUGGCGCCGUCGGUGGAAUGCUUGCUUGGAUUAUGGUUACGAGUUUGAGGAUCCUGUCAUAGAGCUGAACCAAGAAGCAACGGUCAUGACUACGCAACGAGUGAAUGCCUGUGUUGUGAAUGCCACCGAGUCGGAGAAUGUCAAUGAUGAGAUGUUCUUCAGCAGAGAGCAACAAGCUGCUAUAUGGCAGAAGAAUAUACUCAUGGGGGGGAAAUGCCAGCUACCAGAUUUCUCGGGUGUCAUAUUAUACGACCCCAAUGGAAAUGCUGUAACCCCUGCCAAAACUCCGCGUCCUUUACUCACCUGGAAGUGAAGAGGCCUAUUGAAAAUCACAAGGUGAAAAGCCAAAAGGAAAAGAUAUGCAGCUAAAAUCUAUCUUUUUCAUUUGUUUUUCUGUCAUCUCCCUAAGAGCUCACCGCUUUGUGCAGUAUUGUAACUUUCAAACCCCUGGAUUGUAUGCAGUCUUGAAAUGAAAAUGAUAAUUGUAUUGCCAAAAACAGAAACAUGGCAGCUCAUUUGACAUAAUCUUAAGAGAAGUUGAUCAACAAAUUGAUGAUUGUAAAUGUAGACAUGAUAACAUUAAAAAGUUAUUUGCAAUCCUGCAAAACAAGUUGAUAUCAAA